GAGCGAGCCUAGAGUUCACCCGGCUGGCCCCGUACAUGUGCUAUACUAUGUGCUAGAAGUUCAAGUAGAACUUCAAGUGAUUUGACGCUUCGUUGUGUGAGAAUAAUCACAGUCAUAAAUUCAUCAUGCCUGGUUAUGAAAUGGCGCUGAUUAUGAGAGUUAUGAAAAGGUCAGAUUUAAUUGAGGCCGUGAAGCGAUCAGUGGGUGCUGUUAUUGAACAAGGAGGCAUUGUAAAGAAACUGGAGAACCUUGGAGAGAAAAGACUACCAUAUCAGAUGAACGUGCAUGCACAGAAGUUCACAAGAGGACAUUAUUUUGUGUUGGAAUUUGACUCUCCUCCAAAUACGCUAGCAUCUCUUCAGGAGUACCUUCAUCGGGAUGUUGACGUCAUCAAACCCACCAUCUUGAAUAGAGAGACGGAGACAAGGGAACCGCCCCCUUGUCCUGGACCUUACACAGGACGCUACAGCACCCCAGAGAAGAGUGUACGAAACCCUGGCAAAAUCAGGCGUGAUGUCAAGCUGGAUGACUUGUCAAAAUAGAAAGAGCUUCUUCGUAUUCUCAAAAUGUGGAGCUGUCUUCAGAACAAGCGUGCUAGACUCCGUGGCAGAUUCUAGCUAGAGUUGUGUAUGACUGCAGUGUCAGGCAAUGUGAAGAGUUCACAGGAACUCAGUUCAGUGAAGAUGAUGUCAUCGACAGGGUCAGGACCCGAUGGGAGGAAAACAUCCAUUUUCUUGGUGGACAAAAUUGUUGCACAGACUUCGCUCACCUUGGCACAAAAGGCUUACUUGGUGGAUUGAUACUUGACUCAAAAAUGACAUGCAAAUACUUACUGCUAAUGACAGCAUUGGCAUUUGUGCCGAGGUAAAAUUGAGCUACUUUUGUCAACAGGUCUUGUUCUACUUGAAAAAAAAUUCAUUUACAAUUUCGUUAUUUCAAAACAAGGAUAUUACACACUUUGUAUAUUAACCCUAACAUUCCUCAAUCCUUCACCUGCUGGAGGACUGAGGACUGUUAGGGUUAAUGGUUGAACAUGAGCACACACACAGCCAAGUGUGUGAAGGCCUUCAAUCAUGGACUCCCUAUUGUUCCUCUUUUGUUCAUACUUUAACUUUUUCGGAAGACCUCCCAUAUGUUUUGUACACAUUUUCC